GUCAUCAAUUCAUUUUCUACAUUAUCAGCAGAGUGACCUCCCCUUUCAUAAAACCAACAGGAGGUUAGUCAAUGAAGCCUUUGAAGAAAGAUGCCCAUCUCAACAAAACACGGAACCACACAGUGGGUUAAAUACAAGUGAUUCAUUCAAUAAUAUGACAAUAAGCAAAACCAGCCAUUUAAAAACAAACAGUAAAGUCAAUAACACUGAGGCGUUGGCUGCUAGAAAGUCUGAUGGGGACACGACUGCUUUAACCCAGGGUAAAGACUGUGAACCGUACCAAACGUGUUUCAGUGAACUGAUACUGGACAUGAAUAGCAUGAUGAAGAGAAGCACAGUGAAACCACCAUUUGGUGUUGGCCAGCAGCUGGCAAUGCCCCCUCACACAGGGUUAACGGCCAAAAACAGAGGGAAGAGAAAGUUCUUAGGUACAUUGUGUAGACAGUUGAAGAGUGCACCCUGGGAAGAGGCCAGGACAAAACCUGAUGAACCUACAUCGGGUGUGGAUUUAAUUAAAAUCCAAGGCAGCUUCGGAAAUGACGGCGGCAUGUCAGACAUGUCGCCAUUAACUCCAGUGCCUUAUUUUAAGUUUUGGAACUCGUCGCUUCCACCUAAAUCAAGUGGAGGGCUAAAGCGAAGUUCCAGUGAGAUAGCUCUGCAACAUCUGGCAGAGAUUGUGCUGGCAGGAGAACAGGACUCUCAGGACAGAGGCUUGGCGGAGGCGACGAAUAAAAUUCUUCAACAGAGAAGAAGCUUAAAAGACAAUGAUGCGCCAGCUUCAGGGAUAUCUGGUCUGGGGGAGACAAACAAAAACAAGGAAAUCAGCCAGAGUCAUCUCCCCAGCAGGCAAACCAGCAGAAUUCUACCCCAACCCCACCUGACCAUUAUCUGCAAGGACAGAGGGUUAGAGGAAGAAAGCCAAACAGGUUCACCAAAUAUGGCAGCCAGUCCCUUGAGUCCUACCUGCCACAGCUUGAGAGCCACCAGGACCAGCACUGGUAGAAUUACUGGCAUCAGCCAUGUCUACAAGGGCACAAGCUACUCCACUGCUCUAAGACAUUUGAACGAAACCGCUGGCCCAGACCAGGGGACAUUAUCUAUAGAGGGAGGCAACUGCCUGUUUAGUAAAGGCUUCAUGGGAGGGAAGUGUCGUAUCAGAGGACAGGAAGAUCCGGUACUGCUCUCACAUCAGAGACGGGUGCAACAUCUCAUAGAGCAAUCAAGGCUCCGAAGUCGAUUUGGGCAAAUGAUUUCUAAAACAGACAGUAUCUGCCCAAAAUCGUAUUUGGAAAUUGCUAGCUUGCGAAUAAAUAACAUUCCCUGGAGUGAGGAAGAAUCUAAAGGUAUUCUUAAAAAUGAACUAGCUGAUGCAAAUGGGCUUAGUUAUGUAGAUAAUAAUGUAAAAAGUGGUGUAAAAGAAACUCAAAAUAAUAAAAGCAGUUUUGAAUGUGUUUCUAAGAUAAAUCAUCCAUUUGCAAAGGGUUUCAAUAUUAUAGACAAUUAUCAGCAAGGUAAAGAUAAUGAAGCAGAUGGAGUUUCAUGUGCUGUUAGGUAUACAGCUCCUAAAUUGGUAGACACAGAUAUUUUUCCAAGUCAUAUUAGGAUAGAUUACAGCUAUAAAGCCCUGCCAAUUUUGUAUGGGGAAGCCAUACUCAGCAAACCUGUGGAGUCUCUACCCCCUUCAGACAAACUGGCCUCAACUAGACAAAAGCCUUUCUCUGGCAGCUUUAUGGCUGAUGUGCCUACCAAAGUGAACAUUGGGGUGCCUCGGUUAAAAUACUCUGCUGCUUCACCUGUGGCGCCCUCACAGUCCCUCAUUUAAUGGAGAUAAACAAACUGGCAGCUGUUUGCAAUGUUUCACUGAUGUAAAAAAGCUGUAUAAAUUAUUCAUCUACCUCA